AAGAACAUCCAGGAGAUCCCAUGGGAAGCAUCCACCAAAUUCCAUGGAAAGCUCCAGAAGAUCCCACAGGAAGCAUCCAGCAGAUCUCAGAGGAGCCUCCAACAGAUCCCAUGGGAACACCCACCAGAUCCCACACGGACCUCCAGAAGAUCUCAUGGGAACAUCCCGAAGAUCCCAUGGGAAGCAUCCACCAAAUUCCAUGGAAAGCUCCAGAAGAUCUCACAGGAACACCUACCAGAUCCCACAGGAACCUCCAGCAGAUCCCACAGAAACAUUCAGCAGAUCCCAUGGGAAUCCACCAAAUUCCACGUAAACAUCCAGAAUAUCCCACAGGAACAUCCAAAAGAUCUCAUGGGAACAUCCCGAAGAUCCCAUGGGAAGCAUCCACCAAAUCCCAUGGAAAGCUCCAGAAGAUCUCACAGGAACAUCUACCAGAUCCCACAGGAACCUCCAGCAGAUCCCACGAGAACAUCCAGGAGAUCCAACAAGAACCUCCAGCAGAUCCCACAGGAACAUCCAGCAGAUCCAACAAGAACCUCCAGCAGAUCCCACAGGAAGCCCCAGCAGAUCCCACAGGAAGCCCCAGCAGAUCCCACAGGAACACCAUCAGGUCCCAGAGGAAGCUCCGGGAGCCGCUCUCUCUCCCCACAAUUAACGAGACACAGUUAAUUACUGACCAGCACAGCCACCGCCUGUGCCAGCUGUGCCAGGGGGGGCACAGCCUGGGCUAGGGGGGGGACACACAGGUGCCACCUGUCACCCCCAGGUCAUACGGGGCUCUGUCACAGCACCAGCUGGGGGGGGUGACACAGAGGUGCCACCUGUCACCACUCAGGUCACCAUGGCAGUACCAGCUGGGGGGGGUGACACAGAGGUGCCACCUGUCACCACUCAGGUCACC